UUUUUAUUGACUCUUACUUAUUUUGGUACCAACUCUUUUUUCUUUUUUUCUUUUUUUUAUUUUCAUUCCCUUUUUCUUAUAUAUAUAUAUAUCAUAUAUUUUCUAUAAUAUCAUUUAUUAUUAAACAACUACAAUGACAAGUAGGUAUGCCAAACCUACUGUGAAAAAGGACCUUCCAUAUGAAAGUCCAUCAUCUGUAGCUGCUAGUUCACCACCUGCCUCUAUUCCAAGUCCAUCCAUACAACAUAUGAGUUCGACUUCUUCAAUUAAUUCGCAUUCGCCCUCACUUCCUCCUCCUCCUUAUACGGACCACAUUCUCUCCAUACCAGCAUCGGAUACUUCUUCUCCUUAUUCGUCUUUUGCCUCAGCCACGGCAGGCCGAUCUGAUACGCAUCGUCGACGACAAAAAAAAUGGAAUGGCCAACAAUAUGAUUAUGAUGACGACUCGAUGUUUUUACCUCAUGACAAAUUAUACAAGGCUGAACAACAAAAAGUACAAGCUAAACAAUAUUCAAGAAAACGCGAUUGGCGAAUAUCCAUUGCACUUUUCAUCUGGGCUCUAUAUAUUCGUUGUUGGCAUAUUUGGGAACCAAGUUCUGUAGUGUUUGAUGAAGUACACUUCGGUGGAUUUGCAAGUAAAUAUAUCAAGACACGAUUCUUUAUGGAUGUUCAUCCUCCUUUGGCUAAAAUGAUGAUUGCUCUGGUGGCAAAACUAGCUGGUUUUGAUGGUAGUUUCGGCUUUAAACAAAUUGGAGAUGAAUAUAUAGAAGCUGGUGUCCCUUAUAUCACCAUGCGUGUAUUUUGUGCUUUGAAUGGAGUGUUGGUAGUUCCUAUUGCUUAUUGGACUAUGCGUGGAUGUGGUCAUUCAAUCUCUGCUGCUGUAGUUGCCUCAUUGAUGGUGUGCUAUGAAAAUGGAUUAAUUGCCAACAAUCGACUUAUUCUUUUGGAUCCUCCGUUAUUAUUCUUUACCGCUGCUACUACUCUGAUGUGGGUCAAUUUUCAUAAUCAAGAUCAAAGGCCAUUUCAAUUUUGGUGGUGGACUUGGUUGGCUAUGACAGGAUUGGGAUUAGGUCUUACUGUUAGUUGUAAAUGGGUGGGAUUAUUUACAAUUGCUACUAUUGGUGUCUCUACAGUGAAUAGUCUAUGGCAGAUUUGGGGUGAUACCCGUGUUCCUAUGCAUCGAUUCCUUCGUCAUUUUGGUGCUCGUGCUCUUUGUUUGAUUAUCAUCCCAAUUACUAUCUACAUGUUAAUGUUUGGUAUUCAUUUUGUGUCAUUGCCAAAUACUGGUGAAGGUGAUGGAUUUAUGUCCCCUGAAUUUCAACAAACAUUGGAUGGACGAACAAUGGAAGAUUCUCCCAUUGAUGUCGCCUAUGGUUCAAAAGUUUAUAUUCGUCAUGAAGCAACUCAUGGUGGUUAUUUACAUUCUCAUCCUCAUGAUUAUCCUUCUGGAAGCAAACAGCAACAGGUUACUUUAUACCCUCAUCGAGAUGAUAAUAAUUGGUGGGUGAUUCACAAACAAAACUCUGAACAAGUAGAAGGUGUUGAAUAUGUCAAGAAUGGUGAUAUUAUUCGAUUGAAACAUAAUGAUUCUGCCAAGCGACUUCAUAGUCAUAAUCAUCGACCACCAAUGACAGAUGUUGAUUAUCAUAAUGAAGUUAGUGUAUAUGGGUUCCCUGAUUUUGAUGGUGAUGCAAAUGAUCUCUGGCGAGUAGAAAUUAUAGGUCAUGAUAAGAAGGAUCCAAUUUCCAAAGAACGACUUCGUACAAUCCAUACAAGAUUCCGGUUAAUCCAUGUUAUGGAAAGAUGUGCUUUGUUCUCUCAUAAUGUAAAAUUGCCUGAUUGGGGUUGGGGUCAACAAGAAGUAACAUGUAUCAAGAAUGGCAAGAUUCCAAAAUCUGUUUGGUAUAUUGAAUCUAAUACAAAUCAACUUUUACCACCUGACACAAAAAGGGUUAGCUAUCGAACACCUGGAUUUAUUGGCAAGUUUUUGGAAUUGAACAAAGUGAUGUGGGAAACCAAUAAAGGAUUGGUUCAGUCUCAUCCUUUCGAUUCACGCCCUCAGGACUGGCCAUUCCUUCGACGAGGUAUUAACUUUUGGGGCAAGAACUUCAAACAUAUCUAUCUACUUGGAAAUCCAUUUGUUUAUUGGGCAUCAACUGGAGCUGUGAUUAGUUAUAUUGUGUUGAAAUUGAUUAUUUUAUUAUUGGAUAAAAGAGGAUUCAAAACUGACUUUAGAGGGUUGCGACAAUUUUAUGAAAAUUCAGCAGGAUUCUUUGUGAUUGGUUGGUUUUUCCAUUACUUUCCUUUCUUUUUGAUGGGAAGACAAUUAUUUCUACAUCAUUAUAUGCCUGCAUUGUAUUUUUCAAUUUUAACAUUUUCAGUUGGAUUUGAUCUUUUGACAAUACGAUUGAUUCAACGCAAACGAUUGAUGGCUGCUUGUGGAUGGUUAUUAGUGGUGAUUUACGUUUAUAGAUGUUUUGUUCCAUUGACAUAUGGUGAACCUUGGACUAAAACAUUAUGUGAGAAAGCAAAAUGGCGAACCACGUGGGACUUUGAUUGCGGAGCUUUUCAUGACAAGAUAUCUGAUUAUGCUGAUCAUACACCUAUUGAAAUAGCUGGAGCUUUUAAUAAAAUUCAAAAUGCCUUCAAAAGUUAUAUGGCAAAAGAUGAAAACCGGGAAUUAGCUCCUGAAGUAGCGGAUAUGGUAAACAAGAUAUCAGACGCAAUGAUUGAAAUGAAACAAGAAACCUCCACAUUACCCACUGGUAUAGAUGAUUUGAAUUAGUAUUUUUUUUUUUUUUAUGUUUAGUUAGUUACUGAAAUUAGAAUUAUUGUGUGGAAAAAUCAAGUGUGAAACUAUUACUUCAACCUUUUAGAAAUCGAAAAUAAACUUUUUGUAUGACCAUACUUUUUUUGAACCUUAAACCAUGGAUUUCUAGUCCCGAACAAAUCACUUUUUUUUUCUCUUUUUGUCUUUUCACAAUCUUGACUCUUUUUUCUCAC